CGCACGCACGCGCGCGCACAUCCCGCGGGCCGCGGAGAGCCGAGGGAGCUGCGGCGGUGUGAGUCGGCCGUCGCCAGCCCCGCUGCCAGCGUCGCUCCGCCGCCGGCUCCUGAGCCCCGCGGCCGCGGCCGCCCGGCGCUCCCCGCUGCGGGUCCUGUCCCCGCCCGCCGCAGUUCCCCGGAGAGGGGCGGUCGGUGCCUGCGCAGAGCCGCCUCCUCCCCGCCCCCGCCCCGCCUCCACCGCCGCCGCCGCCGCCGCCGCCGCCGCCGCCGCUGCUGCGCCUCUGCUCCUGCCGUCCCCGCUGCAGUGCGAAGGGCUCGAAGAUGGCCGGUUGGCAGAGCUACGUGGAUAACCUGAUGUGCGAUGGCUGCUGCCAGGAGGCCGCCAUUGUCGGCUACUGCGACGCCAAAUACGUCUGGGCAGCCACGGCCGGGGGCGUCUUCCAGAGCAUCACGCCAGUAGAAAUAGAUAUGAUUGUAGGGAAAGACCGGGAAGGCUUCUUUACCAACGGUUUGACUCUUGGAGCAAAGAAGUGCUCUGUGAUCAGAGAUAGUCUAUACGUGGACGGUGACUGCACAAUGGACAUCCGGACAAAGAGUCAAGGUGGAGAGCCAACAUACAACGUUGCUGUUGGCAGAGCCGGGAGAGUCUUGGUCUUUGUAAUGGGAAAAGAAGGGGUCCAUGGAGGCGGCUUGAAUAAGAAGGCGUACUCAAUGGCAAAGUACUUGAGAGACUCUGGGUUCUAGCUGCUAGGCAGACUGUUAAGUAUUAGGGGAAAAUUGCUCUUAAAUUUUCCUAGCUGUAAGCUUAAGUCUUCAUUCUGGAAAUUUUAUUAGCAAUGCAGGGUGAUGGGAUAUGAACCUGUGUCUCCUUUGUAUCCCUCUGUUGGUGGGGAAAGGUGUCUUUCUUUCUGCCCCUUCCCCUUAAAUAAUUGUGUUCAUUUUUGUUUUGUUUCCUUGUGUACUCCAGCAUUGGUUAUAGUCAUGGGAAAGGAAGGUGUCCACGCAGGCACAGUUAACAAGAACACACAUGAACUUGCUUUAUAUCUGAAGAGGUCUGAUGUGUAAGCAGCCCUCUUCCCAUCUACUUACCUACCUACCUACCUACCAACCAACCAUCUUCAUCGCCACCCUAGUUAUGGUCACAGUGCUACCAGGUUGUAGGUGGCAGCUAGUUUUUCCGUCCUUAUUUUCUAGUGUCAUGAUUCCCAAAGGGUCAUUUGUGUGUUAACCACUGUGUGUAACCAACCUUUAUCUGGCAUCAUAAUUGCAGCACAAUAAUGAUUUGCAUGAUAUCUUGAAAUUGGGGGAAGGGGGCAUGCCAAGUUGGGCAUCACUUCGUCUUAGCAAUUAGUGGACUACUGAUUACUAAAAUAAGUUAAUAUUAAGCAAGGUGCCGGUGUACAAUCUCUAAUUUGAUCAGUGUCUUUUCAGCACUUUUGAGCAUUUACUUGGCUCAUUUAGUCUUCCUUUUGUAGCGCAUGGUUGGGAGGAAAAAGUGCAUGCAUCUGUACUUCACGCCUUUCUCAUCCCCUCCCUUCCAACAUGAGGUGUUUGGUUUGCCUCCGUUCUCUUUUGUGUAGUGCCUGGUUUAUUUAACCUAAUUAAUACCUCCUCUGUUGAUGAGCUAUUGAGAGUUGCAGUGUUUUACUUUUAAUACAGUGACUGCACUUGGUACAGACAAUUUGUCGUGUCUAUAGGACAUGAAGCGUGCAGCUUGGAGAGCAAAGGCACUUCCUCCCAUGACCUUACUACAGUAACCAUACCGAUCAAAUUCCCAGGGACAUUCUGUCAGUGCAGUAGCUCAGACUUGCUGUCUUGUCUUUGCACACCAGCUGUACUCUUGAGUAAAAUGUAAAGGCCGCCAUUAUGGAUAUUAGGUAUCCCGACAUAACCAUCUGGAGUGUGUCCAGUUUAUUUUUCAUAGGACCAAUUUUUAUUUGCAGCUUAGGUUUUUAUAUGAAGUUGCAUUAUUGUGGACUUGGCUGUCUUGUGAUGUAUUUUUUUCAUAUGUAUCCUGUGCCAUACUAUUGUUAAAAUGAACUGUUGCUAUUGUGAGAUGGAUUUUCUUUCGAAUGGCACUACUUUAGGGACAUUAUCUAGUAUCUGCUUCUAUUGUUUGGGCAUUGUGGAUAAUGUACAGAUUUAAAAACAAAUCUUGUUGCUGAUUUGUCCAUUUCUUUCCCUGCACUUUGUUACAUCUGGGAUACAGUCUAACUCAUCUGACUUAAUAUGCAUUUAAAAAAAUGCCAUAACUAUUAAACACCUUGUUUACAGACAGAUGAAAUAAAUUUAUUCCAACCAAAUACUC